AAAGUCUCCCAAGGUCAUCUAAUUCCAUCUCCUUCUUAUGAAAUAGAAAGUAAUCAAUCCCAACUUAGCAAUAAUAGAAACGGGCAUAUUCUGGGUGAGAUGUCUGCAAAUUCUGAAUAUGGGAAUGAUUUUGAAAAUAAUGCUAAUCUUUCUGUGCACAAUGAAAUUCAGAAAGAUGAACGGUCAUGUUCUGAAAGAGAGAAAACUUUUAAUGUGCUAUCAAGUGUUGCUGAAAAUCAGACAAAUGACACAGGAGAGAAGCCAUAUUCAUGUUCAGAAUGUGGAAAGUGUUUUUGUCAGAAAUCAAAUCUUGUUGAACAUCAGAAAACUCACAUAGGAGAGAAGCCAUUUUCAUGUUCGGAAUGUGGGAAGUGUUUUCGUCUGACAGCACAUCUUGUGAGACAUCAGAGAAUUCACACAGGAGAGAAGCCAUAUUCAUGUUCAGAAUGUGGGAAAUGUUUUAGUCGGAAAUCACAUCUUGUUGGACAUCAGAAAACUCACACAGGUGAGAAGCCAUUUUCAUGUUCGGAAUGUGGGAAGAGGUUUAGGAGUAAACAUUAUCUUAAGAUACACCUGGGAACUCAUACUGGGGAGCAGCAAUAUUCAUGUUCAGAAUGUGGGAAAUGUUCUAGUGAUAAAUCAAGUUAUGUGAUACAUCAGAGAAUUCAUACAGGAGAGAAUCCAUAUUCAUGUUCAGAAUGUGGAAAGUGUUUUCGUCAGAAAUCGCAUCUUGUGAGACAUCAGAGAGUUCACACAGGGGAGAAGCCAUUUUCAUGUUUAGAAUGUGGGAAAUGUUUAAGUCGGAAAUCACAUCUUGUUCAACAUCAGAAAACUCACACAGGAGAGAAGCCAUUUUCAUGUUCGGAAUGUGGGAAAUGUUUUAGUAACAAAUCAAAUCUUGAGGUACAUCAGAGAAUUCACACCGGGGUUAAGCCAUUUUCAUGCCCUGAAUGUGGGAAAUAUUUUAAUCAUAAAUCAGAUCUUGUGAAUCAUAUGAGAAAUUACACUGGCGAGAAGCCAUUUCCAUGUCCUGAAUGUGAAAAGUGUUUUAAUUCGAAAGCACAGCUUGAUAAACAUCUGAGAACUCACACAGGAGAGAAGCCAUAUUCGUGUCCUGAAUGUGAGAAAUGUUUUAGUAUUAAAUCACAUUUUGUGCAACAUCAAAGAAUUCACACAGGAGAGAAGCCAUUUUCUUGUCCCGAAUGUGAGAAGUGUUUUAAUAACAAAUCAAGUCUUGUGCAACAUCAGAGAAUUCACACCGGAGAGAAGCCAUUUUCUUGUCCCGAAUGUGAGAAGUGUUUUAAUAACAAAUCAAGUCUUGUGCAACAUCAGAGAAUUCACACCGGAGAGAAGCCAUUUUCAUGUCAAGAAUGUGGGAAAUAUUUUAGUAUUAAAUCAUAUUUUGUGCAACAUCAAAGAAUUCACACAGGAGAGAAGCCAUUUUCUUGUCCCGAAUGUGAGAAGUGUUUUAAUAACAAAUCAAGUCUUGUGCAACAUCAGAGAAUUCACACCGGAGAGAAGCCAUUUUCUUGUCCCGAAUGUGAGAAGUGUUUUAAUAACAAAUCAAGUCUUGUGCAACAUCAGAGAAUUCACACCGGAGAGAAGCCAUUUUCUUGUCCCGAAUGUGAGAAGUGUUUUAAUAACAAAUCAAGUCUUGUGCAACAUCAGAGAAUUCACACCGGAGAGAAGCCAUUUUCAUGUCAUGAAUGUGGGAAAUAUUUUAAUGAAAAAUCAAAUCUUGAUUCACAUCUGAGAAAUCACACAGUAGAAAAGCCAUUUUCAUGUCCAGAAUGUGAGAAGUGUUUUAGUGAGAAAUCAAAUCUUGUUCGACAUCAGAAAACUCACGCAGGGGAGAAGCCAUUUUCAUGCACUGAAUGUGGAAAGUGCUUUAGUGAGAAAUCAAGUUUUGUGAGACACCUGAGAAUUCACACAGAAGAGAAGCCUAUUUAAUAUGCAGAAUGUGGGAAAUGCUUUGGCUGUAAAUUAAAGGGGUUGUCCGGGCUUUUAACCCCUUCAUGUAUUAUGAUGUUACUGUA